GCCCGAGUACCGAGCCGAUCGACUACUUGGCCGCUUUUGUUCUGCCAGGGAAAUAUCUGAAUAUAGAUAUUAUCAGCAUAUUCUUUCUGACCUGUACGCCUAGAUAGAUGGUAAAUAAGCCAACUUUUCAUAGAUCAAGCGAGUAAACCACUAUGGUGAUCAAGAAGAUAUGUUGUUUGGGGGCAGGGUACGUCGGAGGUCCCACUUGCUCCGUAAUUGCCCUCAAAUGUCCUGAGGUCACAGUCACUGUCGUUGACCUGAGUCAAGCUCGGGUAGAUGCAUGGAAUUCCGCAGACUUCAAGCUGCCUAUCUACGAGCCUAGUUUGGAGAAGGUUGUAAGAGAAUGCAGGGGAAGAAAUCUUUUCUUCUCAACCAACAUUGAUACUGCAAUCCAAGAGGCUGAUCUGAUAUUCAUUUCUGUCAACACUCCUACAAAGACAUUUGGAUUAGGGAAGGGUAGAGCAGCAGAUCUGAAGUAUAUUGAGGCAGCAGCACGUCGUAUAGCUGAAGUUGCCACCUCUAAUAAGAUAGUGGUUGAAAAGAGCACCGUCCCUGUUAAAGCUGCUCAGAGUAUUCAAAGAAUACUCAUGGCAAAUACCAAACCAGGCUGCAGAUAUGAGGUCCUUUCAAAUCCAGAGUUCCUUGCUGAAGGUUCAGCAAUUAAGGAUUUGUUGCAACCAGACCGCGUCCUCAUUGGUGGAGAUACAUCUCACAGUGGACUCAAAGCCAUAGAUGAACUAGCAUCAAUCUAUGAACAUUGGGUACCAAAGGAUCGAAUCAUUAAAACAAACACAUGGUCUUCAGAACUCUCAAAAUUGGCUGCCAAUGCAUUCCUAGCUCAAAGGAUUUCAAGUAUCAACUCAAUAAGUGCAGUCUGUGAAGCAACGGGGGCUGAUGUCAGUGAGGUUGCACACGCCAUUGGUAUGGACUCUAGGUUAGGACCAAAGUUUCUACAAGCAAGUUUAGGUUUUGGAGGCAGCUGCUUCCAGAAGGAUGUAUUAAAUCUUGUUUAUCUCUGUGAAGCCUGUAAUCUACCUGAAGUAGCACUGUACUGGCAACAGGUUAUUGAUAUGAAUGAUUUCCAAAGGAGACGUUUCGCCAAUAAGAUCAUCGCUUGUCUGUUCAAUACUGUGACAGACAAGAAGAUUGCUAUCCUAGGGUUUGCCUUCAAGAAAGAUACAGGAGAUACAAGAGAGUCUUCCAGCAUCUACCUCAGUAAAUUCCUGAUGGAUGAGGGCGCCAGACUCAGUAUAUACGACCCCCAGGUUGAGCAUGCUCAGAUCAUGUGUGAACUGACCAGUCCUUGUAUAUCUGCAGAUCCUGAAAGAGUUGAAAAGCUUGUCACCAUUUGUUCUGACCCCUAUGAAGCUGUGAAGGGAGCCCAUGCAUUAGUUAUUUGCACAGAGUGGGAUGAAUUCAAGGAUUAUGAUUACAUACGUAUCUACAAUGACAUGCUCAAGCCAGCCUUUGCCUUUGAUGGCCGACGCAUCCUUGACACUGACCGCCUUGAGAAUAUUGGUUUCCAUGUUGAGGUCAUAGGUCGUAAGAGCUGGAAGAAUGGUAUCCUACCUGUCACCCCUUAGAUGAGGUUGGUACCCUCUCUAUCUCUCUCUGUCAAUAUGCAAAGUUACUUUGUAUUUCUUAUCAACAAUCAGAUGCCAAAUAGCACAAACUCAUUACAAUUUUAAUAUCCACUCCAUUUCUAUGGAGUACAAUUUUUAUCAUCAUUGGUUGAUUAAGAUGCAGAAUUGUUAUAUUGCAAAAUUAUUUUUAGCUGUGUGUGUAUUUUUGUAUUAGUGUACAAUGCAAUACAACUCCAUUUUAUAUAUAAAAAUAGUCGUUUCCAUAGAUAUAUAUUCUUGUGCUAGUACUUACUGUACAAAGCAAAGGGACCAAUAUGGCUGAUAGUGUGUAGAAUGCAGAUUUAGUUUAAGAACGUAUUGUACUCUGAGGGAAGUUUGUGUCUAGGGUUUGAUGGUAUGAGUUAUUCAUAAUUUUCUCAUACAUUUAUUUUUUACUUUUUAGAGGGGGUGGAAAUAGUGAUGAAUUCAAUUAUUGUUUAUGAUUUGAAUUGAAGUAAUGUAUGUAUUGCUGCUGAGGCAACAAGACAUUGUAUCAUAAUUUUCAAAUAAAAGAAAAACAAGCUUAUGGUUCCCAUAACACUAUCAAAUGGGAUAGUUUUCCUUUGACAUAUUGCAUUGGCUUCUUUUUUUUUAAAUAGUAGGCUGAGAUUUGAACAGACAGAAUAUACUAGAUUAUCUUGUCUUUAAAUGAAAAGGUAUCUUCCACAAAAUAUACAAGGUCUUGUUUUCCCAGCUAAAUGAUACGGUAUGAUAUGCUAUAAGUGUGCUUUCUGUUAUUUUUUUAAUGUACUUGGUUCCUCUUUAGAAAGUCGAUGCAAAAACCAAAUAAAACAUUGUGUAUUUGUAUUUCAUGUGCCUUUAUUGUAUAAUUAUGUAAUAUAUGAAAGAUAAAGAAUUACACGUGAGAAUACUUUAUAUUUAUGCAUAGUAUCAAUUAAUAAUUAAGAAUGAGAUGUACAAUAUCAGUGUAUGUUUCCCAGUCAAUGACGAAAGAGUAAUAUUUUUAUAUUAGCUUUUCUACUUUUUACCUUGCACAUGUACAUGUAUAUUUGAAAAGGGCUUUGGAAUCCAGACCCAUAACACAAAGCCUUAUCAUUGAUCUAACAAUUGAUUUUAACUGUAGAUUGCAAUUACUCCAUACAGUCAAGAAUAACACUUUCUGUGAUCAGUAGCUAUUGUAACUAGGUCCUCUUCAUAUUUUCCACCUUGACAUAUGACAUACAUACCCUGACGUACAUGUACAUGUAGUUACAGGUAUGUUUCCAGAUUGUAUUGAAUUGUUAUCGAAAGUUGUUUGUGUAUUAUUUAUGAAUCACUGCUGAGUAUUUUUAUAAGUACACAUAUAUUGUUGAUAUUCUUGUUUUUUCUGAAUGCAAAACAGGACUCGGACAGAAAUUUCGAAGAAAAGAAAGGUGUAUAUUUUAGUAGCACUGUGUGGAUUUACCGUUCCAUGUAACCAUUCCACAUGAUUUUCCACAUUGAUUUAGAAUAAAAUAAAUUUGUGACCAAAUGCUGAAUUUUCUUUCUUGAAAUGCUUAAUAGACAACAAGGUUACUAAGUUCCCAUGUACAUUCACAUGAGGAUUUUAUAUUAAUUCCAAACAUAUAUAUAUCUGAAUCAUUUUAUUAGACCUUUAGAAUGGAUAUGCAUCACCUUGAAACUCUUUCUCUUUCUCUCUCUCUUUCUCUUGUUUUCUUUUCUUUUUUUCUUGAUAUGAUUACUGCCUUCAAUGCAACUCUGCCUUUAGUACCACUUUUCCGAUUAUAUCAACCUCCUGCUUCUAUGACACGAUAUACCUAAUUUAUUCUACAUGUACAUCUUUUUUCUUGGCUCCUGAACUCAAAGCUUAUAUUGCGCAGUUUGCUGAGUGCCUGAUGCACAAAUGGGAGGUCAAGGGUUCAAUCGCUGGCUGAGUCCAUACCAAAUACCUAAAAAAUAGGACCUUUUGAAUUCUUUUUAGGCACUUUGAGAAAAUGCAUGAAUGCAUGCAUGGCCUGCUUGGAGAACAGUUCAAGAGCUGCAGUUGUUGCCCUGAGUUUUAAUUAUUUGGUUAAUUGCAUUGACUAAUACUGUAUGUGUUAAGUCUAUCCUUGGGUACUGUUUGAUUGUUCCUGUUUAACAGAGUACUUUUCAAACUCUUUGUACUAUGUCACGUUAAUGUAUCCCUGCUGAAAUGGAAUAAAAUGAAGGUGAAGUUUGUUUGUAAAUCCAUGAGUUCAUUGUCAUCACAUAUAAAGACAGAAAUUCAAUACUAUCCUUCAUGUUUAUU